AUGACGGACAAAGAAGACGAAUGCAGCGCGAAGAAAACUGAAAAUGAGAAACUAGACUGCUACUGUACUCAGGAGAUGCUUUCAUCGAUCUUCGCGUGUCAAGACGAUGUACGGCGGUGCCUCGAAUCUCAUAUGUUCGACUCCCAAUUCGACUACCGCGUCGAACACUGGCAUGAAACAUGCGACUCACGUGUCGCCACUUCCUUCACUACACCCCCUGUGACCUCCCUGACCGCAACCUAUGAUUUUAAUGCUUGCCAAAGGCUACAUCAGAGCUGCGUCAGCGGCGACUACGAAACAAACAAAUGUUCGCAGACAUACCUGCCUAUGUCGAGCAUGUCCUACGUUUCUUGCAUAUGCCAGCCCCCAAUCUACUCGCUUGUCUCAGAGUGUCAGUACAAUGGGAAUAUAUCGUGUAAGCGAACAACGGCGGCGGAGUCGAAUAUUUUAGGAUACUCAGUAUGCUCGUAUUUCUGGAGUGGCUCGGUAGGUUUUAAUCUAUACUAA